AUGGCCGAGAACAGGAAGCGCAAAGUCUCUCCGGCCUAUCCGGCCGCAUACAACGACAUCCAAUCCACCCUCUCCAGAAUCAAACCCAAGCUCGCAGACAAAGAUCCCGGCUGGCCUUCCCUUCGCUCGGAUCUCCUCAAGGUUGCAACACUUGCAGAAGCUCUCAUCAAGAUUCGUCCACGCGCUAGGAAGGAGCAAUGGUUAGAGCAUGCUGAUGAGUUAGAUCGCGAAGGCGUUGCCCUGUGGAAUGUUUCCGUUUCGCAUAAGGAAGUCGAAGAUGAAAACUACCGCCCCUGCUGCGCUGCUCUACGAAGAACAACUUCGCACGGCAGAAGACCCACAAGGCGUACAUGCUCAGUCAAGGAGGCGCGCUGUCGCCCUUUAUUAUUCGGCCAGGAUGUCGGCUGUGCGUCAGCUUGGCGGGAGGGAAAUGCAAGCGUUGCCGAGUUUAUGCUGGAGAAACUGACAGCGCUGGCCGAGAAGCUCCUCGAGAUCGGGAAGGACAUCCUGAAGUCGACGCCUCAGCAACUUCCUGCUGGUGUAUAUGCAGAGCAGUCCGUGAAAUGGCUUCAGUGCUGCUACACCUUCGUCGAGCCUCUCGAAGACGGCCCCGGUGGAGAAUUUGACACCCUCAAGCGGUCUAUUCUUCGAAGUUUAACACGUGCAUAUUAUAUCUCAUCAUCCUACAAGCCUGAACAUCUUGUGAAGGCUGAGACAUGUGUCCAAGAGCUGGUUGCCAUAGCUGAGAGAUCCAUACCAUUAUCUUCAAUGGAGUACCAACAAAUAUGCUGGAUGCAAGUGGCCAUUCUCAAGCAAGGCAAUGCUUCUCAUAACCAACUUCUUGAAGCCUUUAAGUCUCUUAUUCACCAUAUGACCUUCUCUGAGAGCUGUGUGACAGAUCUCCUACAAGAGCUCAGAUCUAUGAAGGAUGACCAGUGA